CUUGGUUUCUUAUCCUUUUUCCGUUUCACCACGCCAUGGAAUUACUGCCAGGCUUCCAACUUCUUCUUCAAUUCCCGUGGACCCCUCUCUCUCUCUCUCUCUCUCUCUCUCUCUCUCUCUCUCUCUCCAUAUGGAUUCCAUACAAGCUCAACCUUCAAAACAGAAGAAUAACCAACCCCGUUUCUCUCUCUCUCUCUCUCUCUCUCUCUCUCUCUCUCUCAAAACUCAAAAUGCAGAUUCCCUAAACCAUUAACCCCCCUGCUUUUGAAUUCCCUCCCCCCUCUUUUCCAAAGAUGAAGUUACGAUCAAUCGAUAUAUUCUGCGCUUCCCAAGCAUCAACCGCCAUAGUCCACACCACCACAAUGGACCUCCUCCAACAACCCUCCUCCUCCUCCUCCUCCUCCGCCGCCGCCCAUCUCGGCGGCACCCGAGCCAUCGACCGUCACAAUCCCAUCAUCAGAGAAACCACCAGGCGCAUGAUCAACGCCUCCAACAUCCCCUGCACUUCUCACCCUCCGCCCCUGGCUCCUGUCCCCUACAAGCAACUCCACCAUAAGCCUGCUCGAAACAGCUCUUCUAAGCCGAAUGAUCUGAUCAAGACUAGCUCCAAGAAAUCAAGCGGUGGUGGCGUUGAUCAGAAGAAGAAGAGCAAGUUCGAUGGCAGGAAGAGUGAUGCUGUCGAGGGGGAAAUGGUGAGGAAGAGUACUGAUGUGGAGGGGGAAUUUGUGAGGAAGAGUUUCGGCAAGCAGCGUGGGGAUUUCGUGAUCAACGGUCCUGAUUCGUCUCGGUACUUGUUGGGCGAAGCGGGUUUGUUGGAUUUGGCGUCGGAUUUUGAGCCGGGUUUUGAAUUGGUUCCUGCGGUGGACGGUAGCAAUGGUAAGGCGAAGCAUGAAAAGGGUGUGAAAACAGAGGAGUUCUCUGCUUCCGAUUCUAAACCACCACCACCACCACCACCACCGGCCUCCUCCCGCUCUCCUGACCAGGAGGUUGUUUUGAGGGUCUCACUGCACUGCAAAGGGUGUGAGGGCAAAGUGAGGAAACACAUCUCUAGAAUGCAAGGGGUGACAUCAUUUAGCAUCGACUUCGCGGCGAAGAAAGUAACAGUUGUGGGUGACAUCACGCCAUUAGAAGUCCUUUCGAGCAUAUCGAAGGUGAAAACCGCACAGCUGUGGAGUACUCCUCCGACGCCACCCUCUCUCCCCGCGGCAAGCUCGAGCUUCUCGGAAUUCAAGAAAAGCAAAGCACUUGCUGUUGGCAUGUGAACUGAACUACUAAAGGAAAGUUAAGGAAUAAAUAAAUAACUAGGGAUAUUGUGCGGUGGCUGUGGCGGUGGCUGUAGUACUAGUCAACGUAAUGCUUAUUUAGUCUACUUGUAAAUUACUGCAGAGUUUUGGGUAGAUAAAUUAGAAUCUUGAUUUUUUUUUUUUCUCAAUGUGUUGGGUGUAACGGAGCAAUGUUUUAAUUGUAGAAAAACAGUUAGUGUUUUUUUUUUGGGCUUUGGGAUUAAAAUUUGAUUAGCUUAAUAAUUAAGGGAACUUUUGUCCA